AGACACUUUGUCAUCUCAUAAUUAGGCACGGCCCGCAUCCUGGAAUCGGCCUGGAUUGCAUUACGUUGCCUUGUGCGCCAUUGCAACUGUGCAACCGCCCUCCCGCCUCUUGCUUCGUGUUUGAAUUGGGGCCAUGGAUGGUCGUUGACCCAAGGCCCGCUCGUCCGUCAUCCAACGUUGGUCCCUUAAUCAUAGUAGCCUAAGCAUAGUCGUGACAACCUACACACCACAAUGGCUGACACCGAGCCCCCACCAAUAACACAAAUACCGGCCUCGGACGCCGAGAAAAAGGCCACCGCCAUGGGAGAAGAUGGGACGCCCGUCGCAGACGCAGAAAAAACAACGGACGAUAAGGAGAAGAAAGAGGCGGAACAGACGGAUGAGGACGACGACGAGGACGAAGACGAGGACGAGGACGACGAGGACAGUGACUCUGAUGCAGGCUCCGAGCAUACCUCACCUGCCCCGGAUAAGGCAGAAACAGAGGCAGACGAGGCAGCAAAUGCAGAAUCAGAAGCACCAGCAACACAACCCCCUCGGGAAGAAGCCGACACCUCAACACCUACAACCGAGGCACCAGCGCUAUCCGUCCCGGAUACCUCAGACCCGCCACGCACCUCAGAGCAGAUGUUCGACCAGCGCCUGCCCCUCGAAUCCCGCUCACGAACAGACUCGCAGUCGACCGUCGCCACCACCGCAACCCGCCCCUCGACCCGCAGCUCCCUCGUCUUCGUCGUCACUGCCCUCGAGACCAUUGCCGCUUCCAAGGAUGCUCGCAAGAACAAAAAAUUGGGCGACAGCACCAAUGCCGCUCUGUCUGCCAUCAAGAACGAGGGCGACCCCGCGCGCAUCAACCCUGAGGUUCUCUUCGAACCCCUUCAACUCGCCUCAGAGGCCCCCAAUGUCCCCGUCUCCAUCACCGCCCUCGACUGCAUCGGCAAGCUCAUCAGCUACUCCUAUUUCUCCGUCCCCACCGAGCACCGCCCUGACAAUAGCGAGGCACCGCCCCUAAUUGAAAGAGCCAUAGACACGAUAUGCGAUUGCUUCCAGGGUGAGGCUACGGCCCCAGAGAUCCAGCUACAGAUUGUAAAGUCUCUACUCGCCGCCAUAUUGAACGACAAGAUUGUGGUACAUGGAGCGGGAUUGCUCAAGGCUGUGCGACUCACGUACAACAUCUUCCUCUUAUCAAGGUCGAGUGCAAACCAGCAGGUCGCUCAAGGUGCACUGACCCAGAUGGUCGGCACCGUCUUUGAAAGAGUCAAGGCCAGAUUGGCUGCAAAGGAAGCUCGGCUGAAUCUGUCACGUGUAUCUCUUAACGACAAGAACAUCUCCGGAGAGAGCGUACAUCGGGGGGAACCUAGUCCGACAGGCUUCGACGGCGAUGAGCCAAGUGGUGAGGACGAGCGUGAUGAAUCAGCCACGCCCAACGACAAGGCCGUCGACCAACACACUGGACCCAAGAUUACGCUGCAAAGCUUUGAAAACAACAUGAGCUUCAACGACGAUCGUAUUCACGACAAUGCGCCAACCCUCGUGACUCGAAUCAAGGCCAGGGCUGGCUCGCGGCAGGUUUCGGGCCAAGAUGGUGCCUCGCCUCACAUCAACACCGAGGAAGAGGAAGAGGACGAGAUAUUCGUCAAAGAUGCAUACCUAGUCUUUAGAGCCAUGUGUCGGCUAAGCACAAAGAGUCUGUCAGUUGACCACGCUCACGACGUGCGGUCGCAGGGCAUGCGCUCCAAGCUUCUCUCACUUCACAUGAUCCACACUAUCUUGUUCAAUAACAUUGCUGUCUUUGAAUCACCCUACGCUACCAUCCGCAGUGGCAGCGACGAGCCUACAAGUUUCAUUCAGGCGGUCAAACAAUACCUGUGUUUGAGCCUUAGUCGGAACGGUGCAAGUUCAGUAAAGCAGGUGUUUGAAGUGGCCUGUGAGGUAUUCUGGCAGAUGCUCAAGUUCCUGCGCAUAUCACUCAAAAAGGAAGUCGAGGUGUUUCUCAAGGAAAUUUACCUGGCAACAUUAGACAAGCGAAGUGCCCCUGCAUUUCAGAAGCAAUACAUUUUGACAAUAUUUGGAAGGCUGGCUGCAGACCCCCGAGCCCUGGUAGAGAUCUAUCUCAACUAUGACUGCGACCGCACUGCGCUUGACAACAUGUUCCAACGCGUUGUCGAGCACCUGUCCAAGAUUUCCAGCAAUCCUGUCACAAUCACGGCAAUGCAGCAGCAGGCGUAUCAGGAGCAGCGGGAAAAGCAGUCCAAGCAAAUGGACUGGCAAACCCGAGGCACCCUGCCCCCCUCACUCACUACAGCCUCUAUGAACUCUUCACAUGAGACUGAACAGAGCUUUCCUCAAGAAUAUGCUAUGAAGCAAGAGUCGUUGGAGGCGUUGGUCGAGAUACUACGCUCUCUCGUCAACUGGGCGCAGCAGGCGCUUCCCGAGAACACAAAGGCAGUCCAUUCAAGCUUGCGCCCAUCACUAGAUGACCUCAGAGUGUCCAUGGAUACGCGAACACUCGCAGAGUCCCCAAUGAUUGGUGCAGACUCUGGUACAGUCACGCCGCUUGCGGAAGAUGACUACAGUCAGCUUGAAAAGGCCAAGCAGCGGAAGACUGCUCUGACAAAUGCUUUGAAACAGUUCAAUUACAAGCCGAAACGAGGGCUCAAGACACUCAUAGCCGAAGGCUUCAUUCCCUCGAACAAGCCUGAAGAUGUUGCUCGUUUCUUAUUGGAUAAUGACCAGAUAGACAAGACGGCACUUGGCGAGUUUCUUGGUGAGGGCGAUCCAGAGAAUAUUGCCAUCAUGCAUGCUUUUGUAGACUUGAUGGACUUUUCAAAGACACGCUUUACCGACGCCCUGCGACGUUUCCUCCAGAGCUUCCGAUUGCCCGGUGAGGCCCAGAAAAUCGAUCGCUUCAUGCUCAAGUUUGCGGAAAGAUAUAUUACCGGUAAUCCAAACGCAUUCGCCAACGCCGAUACAGCAUACGUCUUGUCAUAUUCGGUCAUUAUGCUGAACGUCGAUCAGCAUAGCAAAAAGAUGAAGGGUCCCCGCAUGACAGCAGCUGACUUUAUCAAGAACAACCGUGGUAUCAAUGAUAAUGCCGAUCUCCCGGAGGAGUAUCUCCAAGGUAUAUUUGAUGAAAUCUCACGAAACGAGAUUGUCUUGAACACAGAACAGGAGGCUGCCGCCGACAAAGGCUUAAUCAGCCAGCAGCCUACUGGCGGACUGUCAAGUAUUGGUCAAGUGCUGACCGGAAGCGCUCGCGACUCUCAGCGAGAGGCAAUCGUUCAGGCUUCAGAAGCAAUGGCCAAUAAAACCGAGCAGCUUUACAAACAACUCCUUCGUGCUCAGCGGAGAACAGCCGCUACUCCCACUGUAUCCAAGUUUAUUCCUGCUUCAUCCUCCAAGCACGUCGGACCAAUGUUCGAAGUCGCCUGGAUGCCUGUCCUCACCGCUCUCUCUGGCCAAGCCCAGGAUCACAACCUUGAAAUUGUUCGCUUGUGCAUUGAAGGUAUAAAGUUAUCAAUUCGCAUUUCGUGUUUGUUUGACCUGGAUAACUCGAGACAAGCUUUCGUCGCGUUUCUCUCGCGCUUCACGAACCUUUACAACGUGAGCGAGAUGAAGGUCAGGAAUAUGGAGGCUCUGAAAGCAUUGAUCGAAAUUGCACAGACAGAGGGAAACCUACUUCGAGAAUCAUGGCGCGAGGUACUCACUUGCGUGUCUCAACUGGACCGUUUCCAGCUCAUCUCUGCUGGUAUCGACGAGCGCGCCGUUCCCGAUGUGCUCAAGUCCAGUUCGGGAACCUCGCAGCCACGCAAAAACCUCAAUGUCCCAGGGAAAAGCCGACGAGCAAACUCGCAAGCAGGCAAUUUCGGCUUCCAUUCGGAAGUGGCCGAGGAAAGUCGGUCUGCCGAAAUCGUUCGAGGAGUAGACCGCAUCUUCACCAACAGCGCAAACCUGUCGGGAGAAGCGAUUGUCGAUUUUGUCAAAGCGCUCACUCAGGUCAGCUGGCAGGAAAUUCAAUCCUCUGGUCAGAGCGAGUCGCCGCGCACUUACAGCUUGCAAAAGUUGGUAGAAAUCAGUGGCUACAACAUGACGCGUGUACGUUUCGAGUGGACCAAUAUCUGGCAGGUACUGGGCGCUCACUUCAACGACGUGGGCUGCCACACCAACACAAACGUCGUCUACUUUGCUCUGAACUCCCUGCGGCAGCUGUCGAUGAAGUUUAUGGAGAUUGAGGAACUACCUGGUUUCAAGUUCCAGAAAGACUUUUUAAAGCCUUUUGAGCACAUUAUCAACAACACCAACGUCGUGUCCGUCAAAGACAUGGUACUACGCUGCUUAAUCCAGAUGAUACAGGCACGAGGUGAGAACAUUCGCUCAGGUUGGAAAACCAUGUUCGGUGUCUUCACUGUGGCUGCGAGAGAGCCUUACGAGGGAAUUGUGAACCUUGCAUUCGAGAACGUCACUCAAGUGUACAACACACGCUUUGGCGUUGUCAUAUCGCAAGGCGCCUUUGCUGACCUGAUUGUCUGCCUUACCGAGUUCUCAAAGAAUUUCAAGUUCCAGAAGAAGUCACUACAGGCGAUAGAACUUUUGAAGUCGUCUGUACCCAAGAUGCUCCGGACGCCUGAAUGUUCGUUGUCUGCUCGCGCUGGCUACUUGAAAGAAUCCGAAACAGCCUCUUCGAUACCAAAGCAGCCCAGCCGGCAAACGCAAGAAGAGCAAUUCUGGUUCCCUGUUCUCUUUGCUUUCCACGACGUCUUGAUGACUGGCGAAGAUUUGGAAGUGCGGUCAAGAGCCUUGAGUUACCUAUUCGACACUCUGAUCAGCUACGGUAACAACUUUCCUCGUGAAUUUUGGGACAUGCUUUGGCGGCAGUUGCUGUACCCAAUCUUCAUGGUACUGAAAUCCAAGUCGGAGAUGACAAAGGUUUUGAACCACGAAGAGCUUUCCGUCUGGCUUUCGACAACCAUGAUCCAGGCUCUACGUAAUAUGAUUAAGCUUUUUACACACUUUUUCGAUUCGUUGGAGUACAUGCUCGACCGUUUCCUCGAUCUUCUGGCACUUUGCAUAUGUCAAGAGAACGACACAUUAGCGCGCAUUGGCAGCAACUGCCUCCAGCAGCUUAUACUGCAGAAUGUUCAAAAAUUCACGCCAGGCCACUGGAGCCAGGUUGUGAGAGCGUUCGUUGAUCUCUUCCAAAGGACAGAGGCUACCGCAUUAUUUUCUGCAGCCACCAGCGGAUCUUCACCACAGCACCCUCCUGUGAACGGAUCAGGAAACUCGGCAGAUAACAUGACACCAACAACAGAUGGACCAACGGGCGAGCUCUCCCUGCAGACACCUGCGGAGGAGCCAAAGGUAGACAACGCGCUUGGCAUCAACGGUCUGUCAAACGCACAGCGGCCAUCCCUCGUCGCCUCAGAGUCUACCAGCACUCUUGGUGGUGAGCAACGUAUGCCCUCUCCGCUACCCAAACGCCAAACACAAGAGCUUGAGGACUAUCGUCCUGAAGGCCAAGACCUCCAGCAACCUCCUGUUGUAGUCACCGCCGCUCGCCGACGUUUCUUCAACCAAAUCAUAACCAAGUGUGUUCUUCAGUUGCUCAUGAUCGAAACAGUUCAAGAGCUUUUCACCAACGAUGCUGUCUACGAAAAGAUUCCCUCGGGAGAACUCUUGCGUCUGAUGGCCGUACUGAAGAAAUCGUACCACUUUGCAAAGCGCUUCAAUGCGAACCGCGACUUGCGGUCCCGACUCUUCAGAGAAGGGUUUAUGAAGCAGCCACCGAAUCUGCUCAAGCAGGAAAGUGGAUCUGCGUCGGUCUAUGUCAGCAUUCUCUUCCGGAUGUAUCACGACACGUCCAACGACCGCGCUGCUUCGCGCGCGGACACUGAAGCUGCGCUGAUCCCCCUGUGUGAAGACAUCAUCGCGUCCUAUGUGGAGCUUGAUGAAGAAACCCAGCAGCGCAAUAUUGUCACUUGGCGACCUGUCGUUGUCACCGUACUAGACGGCUACACCGGUCUUCCUAACGCCGAUUUUGAAAAGAACAUUGAUCUUUUCGCACCUCUUGUGGUCGGGCUCCUGGGCACCGAGAUGGCGCCAGACAUGCAACGCAGCGUGCAGGCACUUGUGGGGCGCAUUUUCGAAACUAAACUCGGAAUGGCCAAGGUACCGCUUAUGCCGGCCACCAGUCGGAGUCCACGCGGAAGUUUUAUGGGCAGCCCUACGAUGGCGAUGCAAAGGAGGUUCAGCACAAGCAAGGGCGGGAGGUAGUGUUUUAGAUUUCUUCUUUUGGCGUUUCAUUUCAAAGAUACCCUUUUUAGGGGGUUUUACAAUUUAACUCGACCAAGGAGAAUAGUAGGAUUUUCUUUUCACUUGGCUUCUAGCCUGACGGCAGCUUUGGGGUCUGUCUUUUGCAUCUUUGGUUCCUCCACUGUUGGAGAGGGGUGUUCCUCUUUUUCCAUAUCUGUGCAUCUGUGACGACAGGCGUUUGGCUCUAGACAUGAAAAGGUGAAAGCAAUUCAACGAUGAGGCUGGAAUCACUUUGUAUGGAAAAUGUACAUUCGGAUAUGUCAUUCAAAGUGAGAUAAUCCGCUUUGGACGGCUCUUUUUUUGUGAUCAAGCAAAUCUUCUUUCUAAUCUCUAUGGAGACUCUUAUCUAGUCAUUUCAAUCGAUAGCAACUGAAAACUGGACG